UAAUAAUAAAGCCUGCUGGCUGAGACAGACACAGUCUAGUUUGAGCUAAGAAGAGAGGAUGUCACGCCAGGAGUGGCAGAAUAUUUUUUCUGCGAAAACAAAGGGGCUUGUUGAAAAACAUGGACACAACUGGAUUCUUGAGUUUGAUGACACGAUUGAGGCAGACAAGCAAGCCAGAUUCUGGUAUCAGUACACACGGGGAGCCUUUGCAAGAUUUAGAUGCUCCAAGUGCAACAAGGACUGGACCUCCAAAAAAGUUCUGGUCGUGUUUCACUUUCAACUAAAUAAAAGUACAAGGAAGGGGACAGUCAAGGCACACCAUUUCCGUCAGGAAUGCAAAACCUGCGAGGAUGCAGAGAUGGAGAAGCCAAAGUUUGCUCCGGACAACAUCAAGGCACUGCUGGAGAAGUUGGUGGAGAGGAUCGACGUCAGGUGUUACACGAAAAACAGAGGCAAUAGCUCCGUGCGAUUACGAUAUUUUCGGAAGUCUGACGGCCCGCAUGAGGCUGCCCAUUGUGAAGCCUGUCAAAAAGGUUUUUGUGGACAAGCGGAGUGAAACCACAUGCUGUCUGGAUCAUUGAUCAUGCUGUCUGGAACAGUUGCAUUUAUAUGUAGUUUCAUUUAUUUUGCAUUACUUUGCAGUGUCGAGUGGCAAAGACAACAGUUUAAAACUAAAUGAAGUCUCCAAAGGUCAUCAAGCGCUGCAAAUGCUUUGUUUAAAGUGAAUAUUUGUAUUUAUAUUUAUAUGACAACAGGGGCUAUAAAGGAUGUCACACUUUCAUUGUAUGAAAUGUCAAUGAAAUAUAUAAACAUGAUG